AUGAGUUCCAGUGAUGAAGAUGAUAAAUUCUUAUACGGUUCAGAUACUGAAGAAUCUACUUCCAUUACCACUAAAAAACGCACAUUAGAUAGUGAAACUACAAUACCACAGAAAAGACUAAAACUAGACCACUCGUCACUAGAAAAUGGCAAUUCACAAGAUCAAUUAGAUGUUGCUGAUGAAGUAAUAGAAGAAGAGCAGCUGGAAGAAGAUGAAGGUGCGGAAUCAGAUUCAUAUUCACAAUCGGGUUCAGAUUCAGAUUCAGAUUCAGAUUCAGAUUCAGAUGUAGAAUUCAUUAUCGGUACAGGUUCAGACACUUCAAAACUAGAUUCGUUAAAUGCGACUCAAAUGGCCGCCACCACUGCACCAUCUACUUCUGCCAGCACCACUACAACAACCACAGCAUCAAACGCUCCUUUAAUAAGAAUAGCUCCCGAUACUACUUCCUCUACAUUAAACACUACAAAUCUCAAUGCAUCCGUAAUACAGACGGCAACAACAUCCACAAUUAGUCCCGAUUCUAAUGAAACUAAUAAUGAUUCCACUGCCACGACAACAACAACUACAACUACAACAGUAGAUGUAAAUAAAGUAGGAACUUUCGAAGACUCAUUAAUCACUUCUUUAGAUCCAGAGGUCUUGAAAGAAAAACCUUGGAGACAACCAGGUGCAAAUUUAUCAGAUUAUUUCAAUUAUGGGUUUAAUGAAUUCACAUGGAUGGAGUAUUUAAAUAAAACUGAAAAUUUGAAAUUCAAUUAUAAUCCACAUAAAAUUUUAAUGGGGUUAUUAAAUUUACAACAACAAGGAAAAUUAAAUGAUGAUCCAAUCUUAUCAAAUAAUAAUAAUCCAAAUAUAAAUCUGGGGAGAAAUAUGGCUAUGGGGAUGGGGAUGAAUAUGGGGAUGAAUAUGGGUAAUAAUAACGAUAACAUGACAAAUAAAAAUAUAACAAAUUCAAUCAUUAAUAAAGAUUUGGCAAAUGGUCCUUUAAUAUUCGAACCAAUUGUAAAAUCCCCUUCACCAACAAAAUCUACUACAACAACAACUACCACUACCACUAACAACAUGUCAAACAGCAACAUCAGCAAUAACAAUACAAAUAAUAAUGAUAAUAAUAAAAAUUCAGAUAUGAAAAAUAAUCAAUUAACUUCUUCACAAUCUCAAAAAAAACCACUACCGCCUCCUCCACAAAAUUUCCCCAAUUUACCCAUGUUUGGUGGAUUUCCUGGGUUCCCAAUUCCUCCAAUGAUGCCCAUGCCCUUACCAAACAAUAACAACCAAUCAAACACUAAUAAUCCAUCAAACAGUAAUACUAAUAAUAAUUCAAAUAAUGGUAAUAGUAAAUGA